AUGGAACAUAAUGACACAGAAGUGGUUGUUUCAUCGUUUGGCUCGAGUGUGACAGUGCUACAGUAUUUAUUACAGAAUGAACCUACCGGAUCGGUUGGGGAGGGUUUGUCUGCUGCCAAUAGCACCUCUACCACCACCGGAGUUGAUUCUUCGGUAAGAGUUUAUUCCUGCGUGCAUCCCGGUUGCAAGAAGCUGUACUUCAAUGAGCGGCAUCUAAGAGCGCACGGGAAAUAUCACGGUGGAGAAGCUCCUUGCGAUCGCAAGCAAGCGUCAAAUGAGGAUGGAAAGAACGUUGCAGAAGCAGACAGUCAGGAAGCACAAAGUGGAUUGCGGUUUUUGUUACUAAAUGGACAAUCGGAGGUUUCAACUGAAACACAAGAACACACGGAAACCAUUGCGACGGAAGAUUUGGCGAUUGAUUCAAUGAAACAAAUGCAAAAUGAAAAGCUGGAAGAAAGUAUCGCGGUAGCGGAUGGAGAGGACGAAUUAAUUCAGUACGAUGAAGAUUAUUGCAUGAGGAAUGAACCAUCAGAUGGCGAAUACGAUGGUGAUUUAAUCAUAGCAUAUGACGGUACUGAUUGCGAAGAAGAAGAAGUCAUCGAAUCGAGCUCGCAGCAAGAUCUCUUCAACCAUUCCGAUUGCGAUGGCGAAGAAAUCCUAUUCUUAGAGGAAACGAAACAGCUCACAUACUCUACCAAAGACCGCAAGUAUGCAUGCGGGUGGCCUCUUUGUGGAAAAACGUACAUCAAGGUAUCACACCUCAAAGUGCACCAAAGGUCCCACACGGGCGAACUGCCCUUCGAAUGCGGCUGGGCGGGAUGUAAGCAGCGAUUCGCACGGUCCGAAACCCUCAACCGUCAUCUUGUGACGCAUACCAGCGAUCGUAAUCACAAUUGUCGUUGGUGCGAUAAACGAUUCUUCCGUCGGGAUCAUCUGCUGGCGCACGUCCGUAGACACAAUCUACCCAACAGCGAAAUUCAACAACUGUUUCCUGGGGUAAAGAUAGCCACCAAACAGGGUUCAAAGGAAUGUGAAGCACCCGCGACAAUGAGCCCACCGGUGCAGAAUUCAUCCGGUACGGCUACUACAGGCGCAAUCGUUCCCGAACCAGAUCCAAGACGAACUUUUCGCUGUUCGUAUGAGGGAUGCAACAAAACCUACACACGCCAUAGUCACCUGAAAGCGCACGAGCUGCUACAUACCGGUACACUAACCUUUCACUGUCCAUGGGUCGACUGUGGGGCGGCUUUUGCACGCUCAUACGAAUUGUCGCGUCACCGUCGGAUGCAUUCGGGCGAGCGGAAGUUUGUGUGUCACAUUUGUCAGCAAGCAUUCAUACGCAGCGAUCAUCUGUCGAGUCACGUGAAAAGACACACGUUUCAGGCUGUGCGUAUCGCCUCCCGUGGAGAGGAUGUUCUAGUGAAACUGAAGAUAGAAUAACUCUUAAGUAUGCAAAAACAACGGCACUCUAACUUCAUCAGGAAUGAUUGUCAUUAAUGCAAAUUACAAGUUACGAAAUGUAAAUCACAACCAAGUCUUCCGGGUGUAAUCUUUAAAUUUCAUAUGUUUCAUAUGUUUUUAGUUAACACACUUAAUGCUUUAUGGUUAAAGCGAUCUUCCAAUAUUUCCCUUCAACCAAACCAACCAAACCAACUUAAUUUAUUUUAUUUUGUAAAGCUAAUCGUUCAUAGUAAGACACUAUUGUGCAAGGGAAUUCGAAACAUGACAAGCGUCGUGCAUACUUUACGGCGCUGUUGAAAAGGGUGCAAUCGGGUUCGAAUGCUAACGGUUAGGUAAUAUGAUAGAAAAAGCUUUAUUUACACGAUAAACGUUAUUUCAUUAUGAAUUUAGUUGUACAAAGUCCUAAUUUCCGAACCAACUGAAGAGAAAGCGAAUUUAUGUUCAUGAACAUUGUACACAUAUGUAUACAUUUCUAAAGAUUA